AAGGAGGUCCUCCAGUGGGAGCCCCGGAAGGCUGCGUCUCGAAGAGAAGUUAACGGUGAGCGUGAGAUAAAAAUAGCCUUGAUCCACGCUGCUGCCAGAGGUCACUGACAUAGUGCCACUGAUUGGCUGCGGUCUGCGGUGGGGAAAGCUAUUCAGAUGCCGAUGAAUACAGUUUUAUAGCCGACUCAGACGAGACACUGGCAGGAAGAGAGCAACCUGGCGCUGGGAGGGCGGCCUUGGAGUCUCCGCUCAUUGCCAGGGUCAGAAGUUGGCCCUGUGUUUGCUCUUCACGAUGAAAGAAAACCGCGGGAGAGCGCUGAGCGGCGGAGAACUGCAUUCAGCCAGUGGGCACGAAAAUGAGUUUUAGCUGCUCUGUGCAAAAACCCUAGGUGUGGGGACAGAAGGGAGCCGACCAGCAGGUUACAACAGGUCAGGAAUAAAUAACCACCAGGCGGAGGAUCCCAGAUUCAGUCCUUCCUUUUGUUGAGUGAGGAGCGAGCACCAGGCAAUCGCGUUCACAAAGGCUUUGGAAAGAAGCGGUUCCACCGUCCCCGCUCGGCUCCAGCCCCGGGAACUGGAGUUGGGGAACUAGUGCAAGGAAAUGCUGAUACUCUGGCUACUGCUGUUGCUGUGAUAAAGUCCUUUGUCUCUGACCCAGAAGUCUUGCGUCUUCUGCCAGCAGCCAGGAAACUGUGGGGUACAGGCAUGGAUGGGAAGAAAUGCAGCAUAUGGAUGUUUUUACCCCUUGUAUUUACCUUAUUUACUUCAACUGGAUUGUGGAUAGUAUACUUUAUAGCUGUGGAGGAUGACAAAAUUUUCCCAUUAAACUCAGCUGAAAGGAAACCUGGUGUGAAGCAUGCACCGUAUAUAAGUAUUGCAGGUGAUGAACCUCCUGCAAGCUGUGUGUUUAGUCAAGUUAUGAACAUGGCAGCAUUCCUAGGUAAGAAGUGGAUUUAUUUAGAGAGAAACACACUCCACAGACAGAGUGUGGGCCAUCUCAGAAGUCAAAAGGCCCCAGGUUACAGGGUGGUUAGUUUUUAUGGGCUGGCUCUGGUGGUAGCUGUUCUGCGCUUCAUACAACUGAAACCAAAGGUUUUAAAUCCAUGGCUGAAUAUUAGUGGAUUGGUGGCGCUCUGUCUGGCUUCCUUUGGAAUGACCUUACUUGGUAAUUUUCAGCUCACAAAUGAUGAAGAAAUCCAUAAUGUCGGAACUUCCUUGACUUUUGGAUUUGGCACACUGACCUGCUGGAUCCAGGCUGCAUUGACACUCAAAGUAAACAUCAAGAAUGAAGGACGGAAAGUUGGAAUUCCACGAGUUAUUCUCUCAGCAUCUGUCACUCUCUGCGUGGUCCUCUACUUCAUCCUCAUGGCCCAAGGCAUCCACCUGUACGCAGCCAGGGUCCAGUGGGGCCUGGUCAUGUGCUUCCUGUCUUACUUUGGCACCUUUGCUGUGGAGUUCCGGCAUUAUCGUUAUGAGAUUGUAUGUUCUGAAUACCAGGAGACUUUCCUAAGCUUCUCAGAAAGCCUGUCUGAAGCUUCUGAAUAUCAAACCGACCAGGUGUAACCCAUCAGUUUUUCCUUGCUGGUGAGGUGGGUGUAGCAUCAGGGGAGGGGCCAAGGCACACCCACAGGACUUGACACACAACCUCAUGACACAUCGUAAACACAGGCACGUGCACACGCACACACUCACACACACAUUCAUGGCCACGUUUGCCAAACGAGCGUUUCGGGGCGAGUUAUUUAACAAAAAAGCACAAGCCCUAUGUGUCGAAAUACACGCUGUUAGCACUGAAAAUAUAAUGCACGACAGAGCAAGAAGCUUGUGCAUGAUCACCUCUCUUUUCCCCUCUCUCCCAGCACCCCCUGCUCUUCUUGUCCUCUUCACGUAUUCCAGACAUCCUGAUCACCCUACCUUGGGCAGGCCAAAUGUAACAUGGGAAUAAUGCCAACUCCCAACUGCCUUCAGAUCCAGAGGGCUUGGAACCAGCUCAUGAGGACAUUCUGAAUCUGGCACUAGGGCUCUUGAAUGGACAGAGUGUCAUUUGGUUGGAUGGAAACUGUAUAGAGAUGUGACCCCGUGUAACCUGUGGAUGAUGUUGGAUCAAGGAUAGAACUUUCCCACAAAAACUCCCUUCAUCAUCGUUCAGUGGCUGUCUGAGCAGAUUCGACAAAAGGAAUACGCUACGAGCUGUGAGGGGGAAGCCCACCACCACGAUUUGGACUUUACUGUGACUGAGAAAAUAUUUCCAAAUGUGAAUAUUUGUAGGCCAUGGUCUGCCAUGGAGAGAUGGGGGUAGCGAGGGUGUGGUUUCAGUUUUGCUUCCAUAGUAUGCUAUGUUCAGUUUUUAUUUUCUAUUUCAUAGUUUGCUUUGUUUUCUUUUUUUUUUUUUUGAA